AGACUGCAAGGAUGACAGCAUGAUAGACAGGUUGACGUUGGUGGACGAGCCUGUGAUCCCGAGAGGACCGACGAUGCCGAUGGCGGUUACCAUGGAUCCCGUAGAGACAAUGCCUGGAAUUCCUGCCGUCCCCCCACCCCAGGCCGAGCCUGCCAUGCCGGUACCAGCACCGUCCCCUCCGCACAUACCCAUGAAACCAGCCUCUCCCAAGGCCGUCAUCGAAGACGAAGAUGUACUGAUCAAGCCUCCUACAAAUGAAGUUUUCAAACAGUCCUCAUUUCGACCACCCACACAAGGCGGACGUAUCUCUAGGGGCGUUGACGUCAGGCCUCCAGGCACAGCCGACGCCAGGCUAAAGUACACCAAGUCACCAUUUGUGAACGGGGGCAGUUCCAGACAACAUGUGGAAUCAACAACAGUCUAUAAACAACAACACUUUCUAAAUAUCCCAGAUAGUAACCAUUUAAAUUUAUUAAAAGGUAUUCAAGUGGAACGUGACCCGAUGCUUAAACCAGUUUAUGUUUUGGAGAAGACCAUUUUGUAUAUCAUAUCGUGA